AUGGGGUUUCCCCUGAUGCAGCAACUGGAAUCUGACUUCGAGCUUCAGGCCAGAGAAUUGGAUUCAACAUACGGACCGGUGAAAUACAGAAACUCUCAUCAGAUGACUUCGGUUUCUUUGUCAGGAUAUUCCGGAAUGAAAUUUGUUGCCGAUUCAAAACCGAAAAUGUUUGGAACUUAUCCUCACGUUAGAAGUUAUCCCACGGAACCUUCCCUAUCCGAUUCUCCCGCAGCAUCCCACGAUUCUCCCAUCAUAAUACCCCGGGUGUCUUUGUCGAAAGGGAGUCAGAGGGAUUCGUCUUCCAGUUUGGAAAGUUGCGAGAAUGUUACUCAUAGGCCUAUAAAGUCAUUUGCUUUACCCCAUAUCGAUUAUAGUAUAAAUUGCUCAUUUGCUAUUAAAACUAUCGUGCCUUACGAUGAUAAUAAUUAUAAAUUGGAAGAACAAUUUAUACAACAAUUGGACGAACAAGAACAAUUGUUUGGACCCGUUAUGGCUCUCCCUCUGGAUCUUUCUGAUUUAUCACAAGAUCAUCAUCAUCAUCAUCAACAUCCGGUUGGAUCGACGAGGAGUAGUUUAUCUUCCGUUUCCGAAGGAUGA